GUUUCUUCAUUUUCUUUUGCUUACUCAAUUCUGUAUAUCGUUUUAAGCAAAGUAAAUUCUAUAUUUCCUUUAAAAUCUCUGUCUAUUUUCUUUUAAUCUCAACUCUUUGUUAUUCUUUUGUUCACAAGGCAAGAAAUCUUUGAAGACUGUUUCCUUGAAGCUUCCAAUCGUGAGAGGUAGAGUGAUAUGUAGGCCUGAACUCUGUUCUCAUCUGCAAACUUAGAAUAUCCCAAUCGUAAUACAGUGCAAAAAGAAAAUGGGGACUGCAGUGGGAUUGGCACCGGGGCUGUCAAGGAAGCUAAAGAAAGUGUUGGAAUGUCGUACAGAUACACCAGAUCUAGUGGCAUCAUUAGAUGCACUCUCCACAUUCUACUCUGACAAUACUCCUCAAGCUCGCCGCAAUCUCAGAUCCACCAUUGAGAAACGCUCUCUCCAUAUUAAUCUUCAGUUUCUCCAGGCCUCCAAUGCUGCUCAGCUGGCUUUGGAUCGUGUAGAGGAGGAGGUCAAUUCACUUGCUGAAUGCUGUGACAAGAUUGCAAAGGCUUUGAACAGUUGUAGUGCUAGCACAGGUGAUAUCAUCAGUACCACUGAGAGGCUUAAACAGGAACUUGAAGUUACUACACAAAGGCAAGAGAUUGUAUCAUGUUUUCUUCGCGAUUAUCAGCUCUCUAAUGAAGAGAUAAAUGCAUUAAGAGAGGAAGAGUUAAAUGAAAAUUUCUUCAAGGCGCUUUCUCAUGUUCAAGAAAUUCAUGCCAAUUGCAAAAUACUACUACGCACGCAUCACCAGCGUGCUGGUUUGGAGCUGAUGGAUAUGAUGGCAGUGUACCAAGAAGGAGCCUACGAACGUCUAUGCAGGUGGGUUCAGGCAGAGUGUAGGAAAUUGGGUGAUGCUGAUAAUCCUGAAGUCAGUGAGCUUUUAAGAACAGCAGUCCGCUGCCUCAAAGAAAGACCUGUCCUUUUCAAGUAUUGUGCAGAAGAGGUAGCAAAUAUGAGGCAUAACGCACUGUUUAGAAGAUUUAUCAGUGCUCUUACACGUGGAGGUCCUGGUGGAAUGCCUAGACCAAUAGAGGUUCAUGCACAUGAUCCAUUACGAUAUGUUGGUGACAUGCUAGGGUGGUUACAUCAGGCCUUGGCAUCUGAACGAGAACUCGUUCUUGUGUUAUUUGAUCCUGAUGCUGUGCUAGAUACUGGGUCCACUGCAAAUCGAUUGUCUAAGAGUACAGAGAACGGUGCUGGAAAGAUAGAGUCAGACUUAACAUUUGUAUUAGAUAGAAUUUUCGAAGGAGUUUGCCGGCCUUUUAAAGUUAGAGUUGAACAAGUUUUGCAGUCACAGCCUAGCCUUAUAGUUGCAUAUAAACUGAGCAUUACCCUGGAAUUUUACAGCUACACUAUGUCAGAUUUGCUUGGGAGAGAUACAGCUCUCUGUAGUACUCUCUGGAUGCUCAAAGAGGCUGCUCAGAAAACAUUUUUUGACAUUCUGAAAAGUCGGGGAGAGAAGCUUCUACGUUAUCCUCCCCUUGUUGCUAUUGAUCUUUCUCCGCCAGAAGCCGUGAGGGAAGGAGUCUCUGUUCUACUUGAAAUAAUUGAGACUCAUAACAGCAUGAUGAUACCUGCGUCAGAGAAAAAGUCUGAUUUUGAUUCAGUGAUAUCUGCCAUUCUUGAUCCUAUUAUUCAGAUGUGUGAGCAAGCGGCAGAGGCACACAAGUCCAAGGGUGCUGCCCACUUGUCAAGAAGAAGAACAAGUUCAGACUCUGGCCAAAUUAAUAAAUCUUCAGUUGAUGCACUCUUGUCAAAUAGCAACUCUGCCCCAACCUCUCAGAAUAGUGAAACACCUUCGAAGAUAUUCCUCAUCAACUGCUUGUGUGCCAUCCAACAACCACUAUACAGGCAUGAAAUUGCAGCUGACUAUGUAAAGAAACUUGGAGCGAUGAUAGAAAAUCACAUGCAUGCUCUUGUGGCAAAAGAAGCUGAUGCCAUUCUGAGAAGAUGCGGCUUGUCUAAUAAGAUGUCCCACUUUCAGAAUUCACUAAACAAUGAAGCUGGGGAUGCAGUAGUCGGUAUUCCACUUGCACAGAUUGAAGACACUUCUCCAGCCGCUCUUUCAGAGUCUCUGAGGGCUUUCUUUGGACUCAUAUUGGGAAGCGGGAGUCCCCUUCCUGAAUUUGAGCAAAUGCAGGUUCCAAAAUUGCGUUCUGAAGCUUGUCUGUUGUUAGCAAGGUCACUUGCUGAGGCUUACGAGCUUAUAUACACAGCAAUUAUGGAUCCCAAGAAUGGCUACUCAGGACCGAAAUCAUUGGCAAGGCACCCGCCAGAUCAGAUAAGGACCAUCCUAGGCAUAUGAAGAUCUGCAGAGUGAAAUUUAUUUCUGUUUCUUUUUUUCUACUUAUUUGAGUUUAACAGAGAUAAGUCGUCAGUUCCAUUUUGAUAUAUUUUGUUGAUAUACAAGUAUAGGAAAUUGCUGGAGUGCUCAUGAUAUAGCAUCUCCAUCAUUUGUCGAAAUUGAUAUAUGUAUCAUGAAAAUUUUUAUAGUAAAAUUGGAGUGCCGACCUGUGCUUGCAUGUAAAACAUAACUCAUAUUACUGAUCGUUUUUCUGGAUCAAA